AUGAAUGGCAUCACAGAAUAUAUCCGGACUGGAACUUUACCCGGAGAUCUCAAACAAGCACACAAAGUCCGGGUGCAAGCUGCCUGUUUCACCCUGAUUGGGGGACACCUGUACAAGCGGUCCUUCACAGGACCUUACCUUCGUUGCCUAGGGCAUUCAGAGGCCCAGUAUGUGUUAGCUGAGUUACACGAAGGAAUAUGCGGGAAUCAUUCAGGAGGACGAUCUCUGGCACAUCGAGCCCAUUCACAGGGAUAUUAUUGGCCAACAAUGAAGAAGGAUGCGGCAGCAUACGUCAAAAAUUGUGACAAAUGUCAAAAGCAUGCUCCCAUUCCACAUAUGCCAUCAGCAACAUUGAAAUCAAUAUCAAGCCCAUGA